GUAUUUUCUCUCUCUGCUAGAUUAUGUAUUGCAUUGAACUGCUGCUGCUAAGUUAACAAAUUUCAUGUCACAUGCCAGUGAUAAUAAACCUGAUUCUGAUUCUGAUUGGGAAGCUUUUAGAAACCAACAGAAGGCAAUUAAAAAAUCAUUAAAAAAGAGAGACGCCCGGCGGCAAGGGUGAAUCGGCUGAAAGUGACACUCUAUUAGCAAAGUCGAGAACUGAUAACAGCAACUACAGCUCUACGUGACAGCGUCGAGCACAAGACUCCGGACUGGGAAUCGUGGCUGGAAAGUUGCCAGCAACAGGCAGGAAAACAAACAAAACAAAAAUAUAAGGUCGCAAGAGGUGGAGAGGUGAAUGUUCUGGAGAAGGUGCGCUUGCCAGACUUCGUGAACGUGACGGCUGUGGACCAGGGUGGGAUGCCGAGCGAGAUCUCGGCCCCUGCAGGUAUGCAGUCGGCAUUGAGCCCCUCUCUGCCCCUUAGGCUUCUGACCAAGGGUCCCAGCUACCUGCGGAGUCAGAUGGAGGGGGACAGGCGGGAUCGGCCGAGCGCCGUGGAGAGACUGGCGGCCGACAAAGCCAAGUACGUGAAGAGCCCGGCGGCGAGGGGACGCAAGUUGGAGCCCAGUGGCUUAGGCAGUUUUUCCUCUGAGGAAGACAGCAGUAGCGGCGCCAGCAGCAACAGGGAGAACCACCUGGAAUCCGGCAGCCACCAGCAGACCAGACCGCGGGAGCUCCAACCGAGCAUCGUGCGGCGCUCGGGGUUCAAGAGGCAGCUGAGGCCCGACUCGCUCGUCAUCUACCGGCAGAAGUGUGAGUUUGUUCGGGGAGCUCCGACCACCAGUAGCAAUCGGAGCUCCAAGAGCAACCGUAGCUUGGUCAGGAGACUCCUGCCGGGCUCCGGUGGCGGGGGCGACACCCUGCUGCAGUCGGAGGCAGGAACAACCUUAGAAGAAAGAUUGGCAGAUGGUACAGAGGUGGCGGCAUCUCAGGGAGCAGCAACCAACAAACCAGCGGCACCCCAGGGAGCAGCAGCCAACACGCCGGCGGCACCCCAGGGAGCAGCAGCCAACACGCCGGCGGCAUCCCGGGGAGCAGCAGCCAACACGCCGGCGGCACCCCGGGGAGCAGCAGCCAACACGCCGGCGGCACCCCGGGGAGCAGCAGCCAACACGCCGGCGGCACCCCAGGGAGCAGCAGCCAACACGCCGGCGGCACCCCAGGGAGCAGCAGCCAACACGCCGGCGGCAUCCCGGGGAGCAGCAGCCAACACGCCGGCGGCACCCCGGGGAGCAGCAGCCAACACGCCGGCGGCACCCCGGGGAGCAGCAGCCAACACGCCGGCGGCACCCCGGGGAGCAGCAGCCAACACGCCGGCGGCACCCCGGGGAGCAGCAGCCAACACGCCGGCGGCACCCCAGGGAGCAGCAGCCAACACGUCGGCGGCACCCCAGGGAGCAGCAGCCAACACGUCGGCGGCACCCCAGGGAGACACCGGCCGCACCAAAGAACCACUGAAACGGCGGGGAGGAGGAACGGGGCUGCGGCGCUCGCAUUCCGACCUGAGCUACCGCUACUCGCGAGCCUGCUCGGGCUUGGACAGCUUCUUCGAGCACUGCGGACUGGAGCCCGAGGUGAUGGAGGACCUGGUCAGGGAGAAGUUCGCCGCCACCUCCGACAGCCUCGCCCUCAAGUUCCGGAGCGUGAGCAGCCCGGACUCGGAGAGCGAGCUAUCGCGGCACAGCAGCGGUGGCAGCGAACGACUCCAGGUGCAGAAAAAGCCUCCUCCCUCUGCCCUUUCGGUCAUCGAGCGUAACGCCAGGGUCAUUCAGUGGCUGUACGGUUGUAAGAGAGCCCAGGAGUCCAAAGGCAAGCCUACAGCUGUCCUGGUGUAAAGCAGGAGCACGGAUUGAUUCCUUCUUUAAAUUCGGCUGCUUUCCGUUUCUUUCCGGACGCGGGCUUUCCAGCAUAGACCGCCUAUGCAUUCCCAAAUUAGAAAGGAGUGAGUGCAAGGAAAAGUCGCUCUUUACAUACUACAGCGACUGAGAGCAGAAGAACGGGAGACGAUGUGCAUCGAGAAAAGGGAUGACAAUCGGACAUGGGGUUGGUGUUUCUGCCCCCUUCGCUUCCCCGCCCACCAUCGAAAAUGCAGUGACUACUUUUUGAUAAAUACUCUUAUUUAAAUUAACUAUUUUAUGGAACUAAGGGGGAAGUUGAGUCUUGCAAUUAACUUGACGAGUUUGUCAGAUUUCAAUUUUCACUGUCUUCAUUAAACGAGCUGGCAAAAAACCACUGUUUGCAAAUACCACAGCGAUAUAAUUCGCAGGGCCUCAUCUGUCUGGACUGGUCCGAAAAGACUCUUGCCAAGUAAAAUAUUUUGUAAUUUCACUUCAGUACAAUGUUAAAGUUUCAAAUAUUCAUUCCAAGAUGUUACCUGCCACCUAGAAUGAAAUUUGUAAUUUUUAAAUAUAGAUAUAAUUUUAUUUUCUGUGUUCGUUGCAGGAUCUGUAAAAUAUUCAUUUAUAGGAUAUUCUGUCCUACAAACAUUUCUGUUUGGAUAAUUGCAGUUUUUUUUAAAGUACUUUAAAUGGCAGAGGAUUAAUAUCUUGAAACAUACAAAGUACACUUAGUGGCCAGUUUAUUAGGUACCUUCUGCUGCUGGAGUCCAUCCACUUCAAAGUUCCAAGUAUUGUGCAUUCAGAGAUGCUCUAGUGUACACCACUAUUGUAAUGUGUGGUUAUUUGAGUUACUGUGCUCUGUCAACUCUCCCGCAAUUCUCCUCUAAUGUCUCUCAUUAACAAGGCAUUGAAUCCACAGAAAUGCCACUCAUUGGAUAUUUUUUGUUUAUCGCACCAUUCUCUGUAAACUCCAGAGACUGUUGCGCAUGAAAGUCCAAGGAGAUCAGCAUUUUCUGAGGGACUAAACCACCCCACCUGGUACCAACAAUCGGGAUCCGAAUCAGGUUUAUUAUCAGAGGCAUGUGACGGAAAAUCCCCAGUCAAAGUCAGUUAGUUUCCCAUUCUCUUAUUUGCUCUGAACAACUGAACCUCUUGACCAUGUCAGCAUGCCUUUAUGUAUUGAGUUGCUGCCACAUGAGUGACUGAUUAGAUAUUUGCAUUAACAAGUGGGUGUGUCUAAUAAAGUGGCCACUGUGUGUGUAUCACAAUGGUAUCGCCUCACAUCCAUGAUGGACAGUGAUUUGGAAUGAUAAUUUCCAUCCAUCAGCCACAGUCACAGAAGCUAGUAGGUUUGUGCAUCGAAAAUACGUUGCAGCAAUUUAAAGAUAUCAGAUGGAUUUUAAACUAUUUUAAAAAUUUCUAAACGGGCGCCAUAGUAGCAUAGAAGUUAGCACAGCACUAUUACAGCGAGAAUGUCAGAGUUCAACUCCAGCACCCACUGUAAGCAAGUUGGUACAUUUCUUCCUGUCUGCAUGUGGGUUUCCUCUGGGUAAUGCAGUUUCCUCCCAUAGUCCAACAAUGUACCAGUUUGCAGGUUAAUUUAUUUUUCUUCUGUGUGCCUUAUGAUGCAUCAUGCAGCAACUUUGCCGUUCUUCAGCAUUUGUCCUUUUUAUGAGGCUGAGUUGCUAGCUGGACACUCAAUCCCGCAUGCAAGGAGCUAGUUGGAUUUGAACUUGGAACCAUUGGCCACGAAAUUUGGUACGGAUGCCAGUGCACUGCUGACAGGCAGUAGGUUACAGGCAGACAGACAGACAUACUUUACUGAUCCUGAGCAAAUUAUCCCAUGUUUAGGCUGGGGUUAAAUCGGAGUGGUGCAGCUUGAAGGGCCCAUUCCACACUAAUAAAUAAAAAAAAAGUAACUGUAAAGCAGGGCUGGGGAUGGGAACACAGAACUGAAACCUAUAGGGUUGCUGCAUUUCUGGCACCUCUGAAGUUACUUGGAAAGCUUUUAAUUUUAAAUUGCUGUUGUAGGAUUGUACUGAUGGGUGUCCUAUGGAAGUUUUGAACUUGAGAUGUUCGAAUAGUUUAAACUUGAUCUCAAAUGCUGUUCCAGGCAGCUACUUAAAUGGAAACGGCUCCUCCAGAAAAAGUUGUGUUUAUACUGAGCAGUAGGGUUGGCAAGCCAUUAUUUACUCAUCUAUACUAGGUUCAUCUGAGAGGAAUUUUGACAGUCGUCUAGUAUUACAUGGGUUUGAGUCACAAAUUGGAAUACAUCAUUUUUUAUAACUGUCAGAAGGUUGGCAUUAAAAUUAUUGAUUCGUGUUAGUUUAUUACAAUGUUCUUUGACAGCAGCCACUAGUCUUUUAUUAAUUCUGCUGUAUUCAAAGCAAUCAAAUAUAAUCAUUCAGGUAACAGAACUAUUAGCUACAAGUUCAAGACAGGUAUCCUUUAAAGCAGGGGUUCCCAACCAUUUUUAUGCCAUGGACUAAUGCCAUUUAGCAAGAGGGCUGUGGAUCCUAGGUUGGGAACCCCUUCUUUAAAGAAAUUUAUUAUAAAUUUGCAGUCCCAGAUUGACCUUGCUGCAUCUUUGGUGUGAAAGCCCAUUGAAAUAAUUUGCUAUUAAUGCAUAAGGAGAGAGCAUCACUGAUUCCCUGGACUGCCACAUCGGGGGCUUUGGAGUUUUUAGCAUUUAAGUGUAUGAGAGCUUCACAGCAAUGCAGUUAAGCAGAAUGGGAGAACUGUGUCUGCCUUUAACUGUCUAUAAUCAAUAUAAGAAUGCUUUCCACUGUCUAUAGAAAUGAUGAUGUCAACCAUUAUAUUUAUAUUUUGAUCGCACAAGGUCUGAUAUAUCUUCUUAGACAUGAAAAUCAAAAAUCCGAGGAAACUGGAAAUCUGAAAUGCAAGCAGAAAAGAUGCAAAAUACUCAAGUCAGGUUGCAUACUAUAUGUGGGAAGAGAAACGGAGUUCCGGUCAGAGACCCUACGUGCCUUGUUCUGGUGACAGGCCCCUGAAUGGAAAUGUUAACUCCUCCCAUAGAUGCAGCUGGACCUGUGGAAUUCCACCAGCAUUUUCUGUUUGUGUCUUCUUGCAUCUUUGUCUCUGCUAUAGUAGCAGCUAAUCAAUUUCAUGGUUUUUGAACAGAAUUCAAUUUUUUAAAUCUGCUUUGUAUCAUCAGGUGCUAAGUAAAACUGGUCACAGAACCAUACUAAACUGUCAUUACUCUUUGAGUCAGUAUAAGGGAAAUAUGUAUGUGACAAAAGGAACCAGAGGACUAUCUGGCUUCUGUUCAGAAGGGAAAUUUAAUGUGAGCAGAUAAAGCUCCUAGGACAGCGAGAAAGUUUUCUGAGAAGGCCUUUGUGCAUAGGAUUAAGGAAAUCCCCAAUGAUUUUUUUUCACACAUGUGAAGAACAGGAGUAUGUCCAGAGUGAGGGUAUGACCAAUUAUGGAUAGUACAGGAGACAGAUGAGGUAGGGGAGGUCAUUAAUGAAUACUUUGCUUCAGUAUUCACCAGUAAGCAGGACCUUGACAUUUAUAACUACAAGCUGAUAUGCUGGAACAUGUUGAUGUUUAGAAAGAAGAUGCUCUGGAGUUUUUGAAAAUCAUUAUGAUAAGUAAGUUCCUGGGGCUGGACAGAAUAUAGACAAAGUUCAUACGGGAGAUGAAGAAAGAGAUUGCUGUGCCUGUGGUGAUAAUCUUUGUGAACUCACUGACCAUGGGAGUAGUGCGAGAUAAUUGGAAAGUGGCACAUUUUAUUCCUUUGUUCAGAAAGAGAAUAGAGAUAACCUUCAGAAUUAUAGACCAAUGAGCCUUACUUCAGUGGUGGGCAAAUUUUUGGAGAAAAUACUUAGACAGGAUUUCCAAGUAUUUUGUGAUGCAUAGUAUGUUUAGGGGUAGUCAACGUGGUUUUUAUGAGAGGCAAGUCAUUCCUCAUGAGCCUGAAUGAAUUCUUUAUGGAUGUGCCAAUGCACAUUGAUGAAGGUAGAGCAGUGGAUGUGGUGUAUAUGGAUUUUGUAAGAAGUCUGAUAUGGUAGGAUCAUUCAGAAAGUCUGGAGGCAUGGGAUCCAGGGAAACAUGGCUGUAUGGAUUCAGAAUUGUCCUGUCCACAGAAGGUAGAAUAGAAAGUGUAUUCUGCCUGGAGGUUGUUAACCAGUGGUGUGUUUUGAGACUGCUGCUCUUUGUGUUUUUUAUUAAUGGCUUGGAUGAGCAAGUGCUUGAAGUAGGGAGUAAGGGAGCAACAUUUUGCAGGGUGGGAACAAUUUGAAAACGGUAAAUCCAGUCGGGAGUGAGUCAUUGUUUGAAGUAGUGAGUGGGAGGGUAAUAUUGGGCAGGGCUGGAGCCAGGCGUGAGUCAUUGUUUGAAGUAGCAAGUGAGGGAGCAACAGGGCGGGAGCUAUUUAAAAACAGCCAAUGAAAAGAAAGGAAGUGUAAACAGAGUGGCCAUUGAGGGAGUGAUCACGCUUUGGCUCAGGAUAUGGCAAGAACAGGAGUAGGCUAAAGGUACUGAGUCUUUUGGAGUCAUUUAGAUUAUUGUAAAACUUGAACUUGAGAAGUUACACCCAAAGAUAUACAGAGCAUUAGCAGGAUGGUACCUAAGACGAUCUUCCUGAUGACUGCAUCUGCAGAAAGUGCAUCCAGCUUCAGCUCCUGACGGACAAGGUCAAGGUCAGGGAGCUAGACCUGAAUGUACUCAGGAUCAUACAGGAAGAUGAAAACAUCAUUGAUGAGACUUGUACUGAGGUGGUCACAAGCAGAGUGCAGGCUUCAGAUCAUAGAUGGAUGAUCACCCAGAGAGAUAACAGGAAUAAGAAAUCAAUGCAGGGUCCCCCUGUGGCAUUUCCCCUCAGCAAAGUGUAUACCCCUUUAAAUACUGCUGGGGGUGGAGGUGACCUAUUAGGGCACAGCAGCAGCAGCCAGGCCAAUGGCAUUGUGGCUGGCUAUGAGGCUCAGCAGGGAAGGGUAAAGUCAGGUCGUAUGAAAGCAAAAGGAGAUUCGAUAAUCAGGGCGAUGGACAGGAGAUUCUGUGGCCAGGAAAAAGACUUCAGAACGUUGUGUUGCCUCACAGAUGCUAGGUUCAAGGAUUCCUGGAGAAUAUUCUCGAGGGAGGAUGAGUGUCCUGUGGUUGUGGUGCAUGUUAGCACCAAUGACAUAGGUAGAAAAGCAAUAAAGGUCCAGUGCAGUAUGUAUAAGGAGUUAGGGAAGAGGCCAAAGGGCAGGACUGACAAGGUCGUAGUUACUGGAUUACUCCAAUGCCAUGUGCUGGUCAGUGCAGGAAUAAACUGAUAGUAUAGAUAAAUGAGUCCAGCUUGGUGGCACAAUAAUAUCAGCUCCAGACUCCGGAGCGAAGGUUCCCGAGUUCGAAUCCAAGUCAGGUUGAGCGUCGAGCUAGUAACUCAGCCUCGUAAAAACAAGAUUAGCUUGUUACAGAGCCACCUUCAUGACAGUGCCCCGAUAACUCCGCUGCCAAGUUGAGGGCUAUUUUUCUGCUUCACAGAUAAAUGAGUGGCUGAGGAUCUGGUAAAAGGGGCAGGGUUUCAGAUUUCUGGAGCAUUGGGAUCCCAUGUAGGGAAGGUAUGAACUGUACAACUGAACUGGAGGGGACCAACAUCCUUGCAGGAGGAUUUAACUGAAUUUGAUCUGAAGUGACAAGGCUGAGCACGUGGCAGUUGAUAUUUAAGUAGAUGCGGUGUGCAGUGAGAUGCUGAGGAAGGACAGGCAGAUGAUAGGGCAAAAUUGCAGUUAGUGGGAUGAGCUGAAGUAUAACAUGGGGGCAAAAUCAAAAGGGAUGAAUGUAGGACUAAAGGUGCUAAAUUUGAAUGCAUGCAGGGUGAUGAUCUUGCAGCGCAUUUAAAAAUUGGCAGGUUUGACAUUAUGGGAACCACUGAGACAUGGCUGAAAUGAAGCUUAACAUCCAAGGGUACAUCUUGUACUGAAAGGACUGUCAGGUGGAUCGAGGAGGGGGGGUUUCUUUCUCAGAGUGUGAUAUAGGAGCGGAAGGUGAAGAAUCCUUGUGAGAGUAAAGAAACUGCAAAGGUAAAAAGACACUAAUCGGAGUUAUUCAGACCUUGAACAGCAGACAGGAUGUGGGAUAUAAGCUACAAUGGGAGUUAGAAAAGGCUAGUAAAAAUGGUAAUGUUAUGAUUGUCAUGGCAGAUUUCAAUAUGCAGGUAGAUUGGGAAAAUUAGGUUGGUACUGGACCCCAAGUGAGGGAAUUUGUAGAAUGCAUACAAGAUGGCAUUUUAGAGAAAACUGUAGUUGAGCCCGCUAGGGGAAAGGCAUUUCUGAAUUGGGUGUCAUGUAAUGACCCAGAUUUCAUUAGCGAACUUAAAAUAAAAGAAGCCUUAGGAGGCAGUGAUCAUAAUAUGAUAGAAUUCACCUUGCAGUUUGAGGGAGAUGAUCAGUAUUACAGUGGAGUAGAAGGAAUUGCAGAGGCUUGCUAGAGGAGCUGGACAAAGUUAAUUAGAAGAGGACGCUAGUAGGGAUGAUGGCAGAACAGCAAUGGCUGGAGUUUCUGGGGGCAAUUCGGAAGGUGCAGGAGAGAUAUUGUCCAUCCCAAAGAUGAAGAAGUAUUCUAAGGGGACGAUGAGGCAACCAUGGCUGACAAGGGAAAUCAAGGACAGCAUAAAAGGAAAAGAGAAGGCAUGCAAUAAAACUAAAAUUAAUGGGAAGUGAGUGGAUUCUGCUCAUUUAAAAACUAGCAGAAGGCAACUAAAAAGUCAUAAAGAGAGAAAAGAUUAAAUAUGGAAGUGAGCUAACCAAUAAUAUAAAAGAAGACACCAAAAGUUUUUCAGAUAUAUCAAAAGUAAUAAUGCCAGAAAUUUGAGAGUGUCAAGGGACUGAAAUAAGCAUAGUUACUAUUACUGAGGAAGGUGAUUGGGAAGCUGAAAGUUCUGAAGGUAGAUAAGUUGAGCAGAUGGACCACACCACACGGUACUGAAAGAGGUACAGUAGCUGAAGAAAUUGUGGAGGCAUUAAAAAUUGCCUUUAAAGAAUCUGGAGGACUGAAAAAUUGCAGAUGUCACUCUACUCUUUAAGAAGAGAUGGAGGCAGAAGAAAGGAACUUGGUGGUCAGUUAGCCUGGCACUGGUGGUUAGGAAGAUGUUGUAGUCUAUUAUUAAAGAUGCUGCUUCAGGGUACUUUGAAGAGCAUGAUAAAGUUGGCCAAAGUCAGUCAGCAAGGUUUCCUUAAUGAGAAAUCUUGCCUGACAAAUCUAUGGAAAUUAAUUGAGGAAAUAAUAGGCAGGAUAGGCAAAGAGGAGUCAGAGGUUGUUGAUUAUUUGGAUUUUCGGAAGGACUUUGACCAGAUAGAUAGACCCUUUAUUGAUCCCAAAGGAAAUUACAGUGUCACAGUAGCAUUGCAAGUGGACAAGUAUACAAAUAUUAGAAGAGAAGUAAGAAAAAGUUUUUAAAAAGUUACCGCAAACAGUCUAAGAGGAGGGGUACAACACUUCCCCAGCUAUAAGUUGACUUGUGGCUGAGGAUAAGAGUGACCUCAUAUAGUGCUCUUUGGAGCACCACAGUUGUCUUAAUCUAUUACUAAAAGUGUUCCUCUUUUCAGCUAAGGUGGCAUGCAGAGGAUGAGAAACAUUGUCCAGAAUUGCCAAGAUUUUCUGAAGGGUCCUUUGUUCUACCACAGCCUUGAGUGUCUCCAGUUUGACUCCUAAAACUGAGCCAGCCUUUCUAAUCAGGUUAUUGAGCCUGUUGGCGUCACCCGUGUUGAUGCCAUUGUCCCAGCACACCACUACAUAAAAGAUUGCACUGGCAAUUACAGAUUGACAGAACCUGAAAAGGAGAGGCCUGUGUACUCCAAAGGAGCUCAGUCUCCUCAGGAAGUAGAGGCAACUCUGGCCCUUCUUGUACACAGCCUCUUUGUUGGUGGUCUUUUCAAGUCUUUCAUCCAUGUGUACCCCCAGAUACUGCACAUGAGACUGCUUUACAAGAUAAAUACCUGUGGUAUUACAGGAAAGGUACUAGCAUGGCUGACUGGCAUGAGGAAAAUAAUAGGAAUAAAGGGGCUUUUUCUGGUUGGCUGUCAGUGACUUAUGUUCUUCUGCAGGGGUCAGUAACGGGAUAUCUUCUUUACAGGUUAUAUCCCGAAGAUUUGGGUGGUCGAAUUCUUGGCUUUGUGGCAAAGUUUGCAGAUGAUACAAAGAUAGGUGGAGGGUCAGGUAAUGUUGAGGAAGCACAUACUGCAGAAGUAUUUGAACAGAUUAAAAUGAGCAAAUAAGUGGCAGAUGGAAUAUAGUGCCAUGAAGUGUAUGUUCAUGCACUUUGUUAGAAGGAAUACAAUUGUAGACUAUUUUCUAACUGGAGAGAAAAUUCAAAACUCAGAGAUGCAAAGGGACUUGGGACUCCUUGUGCAGGUUUCCCUAAAGGCUAACCUGCAGGUUGAAUCGAUAAUAAAGCCAAGUGCAAUGUUAGCUUUCGUUUUGAGAAGACUAGAAUAUAAGAUAAGGUUGUAAUGCUGAAACUUUAUAAGCAAUUGAUCAGACCACAUUUGGAGUACUAUGAGCAGAUUUGGGCACAUAUCUAAGAAAAGUUUUGUCAGCAUUGGAAUGGGUCCAGAGGAGGUCCAUGAGAAUUAUUCUGGGAAUAAAAUGGUUAAGGUAUGAGGAGCUUGGUUACUCUGGGCCUGGAAUCAUUGGAGUUAAGAAGAAUGAGGGAGAAUUUCAUUGAAACUGAUCAAAUAUUGAAAGGCCUGGAUGGAGUGGAUAUGGAGAGGAUGUUUCCUAUAGAGCGUGAGUCAAGGACCAGAGGGCACAACCUCAUAAUGGAAUGACUUCCAAUUAGAACAGAGAUGAGGGGGGAAUUUCUUUAGCUAGAGGGUAGUGAAUCUGUAGAAUUCACUGCCACAGGUGGCAGGCCAAGUAUUUAAGGUGGAGGUUAAUAGAGGUGGAGGUGUCAAAUGUUACGGGUAGAAGGCACGAGAAUGAAAUUGAGAGAAGGUCCACAGAAGGUUUAUGUGAAUAACUCUGGGAAUUAACUGUUAAUAUAUGAGGAGCAUUUUAUGGCUGUGCAUUUGUGCUCCAUGGACGGAGGAUCUUACUGAAACCCAUCAUAUAUGGAAAGGACUAGAUAGAGUGGAUGUGUAGAGGAUGCUUCCUGUAGUGGGUGAGUCUAGGACCAGAGGGCACAGCCUCAGAAAAGAGGGACUUCCAUUUGGAACAGAGAUGAAGAGGAAUUUCUUUAAUCUGAGGGUGUUUAUUAUCACGAUCGGUGUGGAGGCCAAGUUAUUGAGUAUAUUUAAAGUGAAAGCUGAGAGUUCCUUUAUUAAUCAGACUGUUAAAGGUUUAAUGGAGAAGGCAGGAGAAUGAGGUUGAGAUGGAUAAUAAAUCCGCCAUUGUGGAAUGGUGGAGCAGACUGGAUAGGCCUAAUUCUGCUCCUCUGUCUUAUGGAAAAAUGGAUUAGUAGGCUUGCAGACAAACAAAUGUUGGUGGAGUUGUGGAUAGUGUGGAGGGUUGUUGUAGAUUACAAUGGGACAUUGACAGGAUACAAAGCUGGGCUGCGAAGUGGCAGGUGGAGUUUAUCGUGUUGUUUAGAAGGCGUAGGAUGUUUUGGCAUUCAUUAGUUGGGGGAUUGAGCUCAAGAGCUGUGAAAUAAUGCUGCAGCUCUAUAAAAUCUUGGUUACACCACACUUGGAACAUUGGGUUCAGUUCUGGUCACCUCAUUGCAGGAAGGAAUUGGAAGCUUUAGAGAGGGUGCAUAGGAGAUUUACUAGGAUGCUGCCUGGGCAAAAAGGCAUUUAGGUUGAGUGAGCUAGAGCUUUUCUCUUUGGAACAACGGAGGAUAACAGUUUAGUUGAUAGAGACGUUCAAGAAGAUCAGAGGAAUAAAUAGUGAUUGCCAGAUAAUUUUUCCCAGGGCAGAAGUGGUUAAUACAAAUGUGUAUAUUUUUAAGUUGAUUGGUGGAAAGUGUAGGGGACAUGUCAGAAGUAGGUUCUUUACACAGAGAUUGGUGGGUGCAUGGAAUACCUUGCUAGGGGUAGUAGAGACAAAUAAGAGUUGGGGCAUUUAGGAAACUCUUAGAUAGGCACAUGGUUAUGUAAGAGUGAAGGAUUAGAUUAUUUUAGAGUAGGCGGAGCACCAUGAGCUAAAGAGUUUGCACUGUGCUGUCAUUUUUCUAUGUUUUACAGAUGUGUGUGAACAAAACAUUACAGCAUAGUACAGGCCAUUUGACCCUCUAUGUUUAUUGAGCCAGUAUAGCUCCAGCUCUCUCAACCUAUCAGUGUAAGUCAUGCUGACUAAUCCAAGCAGCAUCCUCAUAAAUCUCCUCUGUACUCAAUAUAAAGCUUUUAUAUCCUUCCUACAUUGAGGCAAGCAGAACUGAACAUAAUAUUCCAAGUGUGGUCAAAUCAGGAUUUAUAGAAUUACAGAAUGACUGACUAAUGAAGACCAACACAUCAUGUGACUUCUUUAAAACUCAAUUAGCUUGCAUGGCAACUAUUAGGGAUCUAUGGAUGUGGACUCCACUCCUUAGACCAGCUCUGCUUCCUGUUAAUGUCCCGUUGUAACCUAUGGCAACCUACUACACUAUCCACAACUCCACCAACCUUACAGUAUCUUGGCAAAUAUUAUCUAUCACCUAACUAAAAUAUUGAAUAAGUAAAAAAUUAUAUAGCCCCGCCAGUCAAUGGUACAGCAAUCUCUUCCCUCCCUGCCUGCCUGCCUGUAGUAACCUAUGGUUAUAUCCCAUUCGGUCCCAGGAACUUACCUGGCUUAAUAUUUAUCCGUUUCCAGCAUAUGUUCUUUUUUUAACAUGUCACAUGUUAGUCUAUUUUGUGUUGUCCUUGCAAAUGUCAAGAUCACUUUUACUUUGAAUACUAAAGAAAAACACUCAUUAAGAACCUCCCAUUACACUUGGCUCCAGGGAUGUUUUCUUUUCUAUCCCUGAUUGGUUCUACUCUCACUCUAGUCAUCUUCCUGUUCAUCUCGUACAUGUCAAGCACCUUGGUAUUUUCUUAAUCCUAUUCAAUAUGGCCUUUUCAUGCCCCCUUCUGGCUCUCUUGUCCAUUCUUCAGACACUUCCUGGAUAUGGAUACCUGUCUAACAUUUGCUUCGUAAACCCCAAGUAAGCUUCCUUCUUCCCCUUGACUAGAUGUUCCAUAUUUCUUGUCAUCCUUUCCCUGCUUCAAUGAGACAAGCCUAUCCAGGACCUCAUGUAAGUGUUCCCUUAUCUGUUCCCAGUUUACACUCCCAAAUUCCUGCCUAAUACUAUCAUAAUUCCCCCUCCCUCAAUUAAAUAAUUGUCCCCAUUCCUCUCCAAGGCUAUGGUAAAUGUUAGGAAAUUGAGGUCACUUACUCUGAAAUACUCACCCACUGAGAGAUCUGAUACCUCACCUGGUUCAUUACCCAGUACUAGACCCAGUAUGGCUUCCUCUUUAGUUGGCCUGUUUAUAUUUUGUGUCAAUAAUUCUUCCUAGACACAUCAAACAAAUUCUGCCCCAACUUCACCUUUGCACUAAAGAGAUGCCAAUCAGUGUCUGGGAAGUUAAAUCAUUGCCACCCCAGCAUAAUGGUUCGUGCAAUGCUUUUACAGCUUGGUGCAGUGAAGUUUGGACAUCCUCAUUUUGAAUAUUCUUCCCCAUGAAUGUGUGGGUUUCCUCUGGGUGCUACAGUUUCCUUCCAAGUUCCAAAGGUGUACCAGUUAGUAGGCUAAUUGGUUACUGUUCUCUGAUCAGGCUAGGGUUAAAUAGCUGGGCUGCUGAGCAGUACAACUCAUUGGGUUGAAAGGGUCUGUUUCACACUAUAUCUCUAAAUACACCCAUGACACCAACUCUGUUAUUUUGGCAUCUUUCCAACACUGCCCCUUGAUCUGUUCCUCAGUGUUUCCAUUACCAUAGCAAGUCCUAUCGAAUACCUCUAAUAGAGUCAUUGCCAACUUUCUGUUUCUGACUUCCAACUACACUGAAGCAGUAGACAAUUCCUCAAUGACAACUUCCCUUUCUGCAGCUGGUACUAUCCCUGAUUAACAAUCCCAGUCUCCCACCGAUUUUAUCUCCCUCCCUAUGCCCUUUGAAAUGUCUAAACCCCAGAACAUCCAGCAUGCAUUCAUGCCCUUAUGACAGCUAGGUCUCUGUAAUGGUCACAAAUUCAUAGUCCCGUGUAUUGACUCUUGAUCUAAGUUCAUCAUCCUUGUUCCUGAUAUUUCUUACAUCAAAAUACACAUUUCAACAGACCCCACUGACUGCAUAUUUUCCUCAUUGCUACCCAUCCUUCCUUAUGGUCUCUAUUAGACCUUAUAGUUUUAUAUUUCUACUUAGCUCCCUUUAUUCUCUUUUCAAGACCUCAUCCCUUUUCAUACCUAACUAUAACCUAUGAGAGGAUCUCUUUUUUUCCUCACUCAUACAAGAUUUCCAUUUCUUAUAUCUGUUGUUCCUUAUCUGGUGAUAUCUAUUAUGAACCCACAGACUCUCACAGCUCCCUGGACUAUACCUCAUCCUACCCUUUAACUUGUAAAAAUGCCACCCCUUCUCUCAGUUCCUCUGUCUCUGCUGCAUCUGCUCGCAGGAUGAUGCUUUUCAUUCUAGGAUGAAGACGAUGUCCUCCUUUUUCAAUAGAAGGGGCUUCCCUUCCUCCAGCAUCAAUGCUGUCCUCAACUGCAUCUCUUCUUUGUCACUCACGUCUGCUCUUACCUCAGCCUCCCAUGACCCUACCAGAGAUAGGGUUUCUCUUAUCCUCACCUACCACUCCACCAGCCUCCGUGUCCAGCACAUAAUUUUCCAAAACUUCCGCCACCUCCAAUGGGAUCCCCCCACCAAGCACAUCUUUCCAUCUCCCCCACCCCAACUUUCUGCUUUCCUCAAGGAUCGCUCCCUAUGUGACUCCCUUGUCCAUUUGUCCCUCCCCACUGAUCUCCCUCCCGAUACCUAUCCUUGUUCAAGUGCUACACCUUCCCCUACACCUCCUCCCUCACUAUCAUUCAGGGCCCUACACACCCUUCCAGGUGAGGUCUGUGAGUCUGGUGGGGUCAUAUACUGUUGGGUGCCCCCAGUGUGGCCUACUGUAUAUUGGUGAGACCCGAUGAAGAUUGGGAAACCUAUGCUCCAUCCACCUGAAAAAGCAGGAUCUCCCAGUGACCACCCAUUUUAAUUCCCAUUCCAAUAUGUCCAUCCAUGGCCACCUCUUAUGUUGCGAUGAGGCUACACUUGGGUUGGAGAAACAACACCUAAUAUUCUGUCUGGGUAGCCUCCAACCUGAUGGCAGGAACACCGAUUUCUCAAAUUUCCAGUAAUGCCCCCACCUCCCUUCACCAGUUCCCAUCCCCUUUUCCCUCUCUCACCUCAUCUCCUUGCCCGACAUUGCCUCUCUUUGGUGCGACUCCCCCUUCCCCUUUCCUUUCUUCAAUGGCCCUCUAUCUCUUUCACCAAUCAACGUCCUGGGUCUUUACUUCCUCCUUCUCCCUCCAAGUUUCACCUAUCACCUUGUGUUUCUCUCCCCACUGCCCCCACC